AUGGGAGAACAAAACAAAUUGUAUUAUGACGUCGAGAAACUGGUAAAUUCUUUGCAGGAAACUUUUGAUCUAGAUUGCGCACAAAGUGUAUCCCUUUUCACUAGUAAAUCAAGAAGUAAUGAGGCUUGGUUGGAAGAGCUAGAGAAUAAAUUUAAGUUGAAAGAUGAUGUUGAACUCGAUGAUGUGGAAACCUUAAGGGCCGAAAUCGAUAUUAAAUUAAGUUUGCUGGAGGAUAAAGUAAGCUACUAUGAAAGACUCUGUAAAGAACUCGAAGAGUUUCAGAACGAAAUGAAAAUUAAAACUGUUGUUAAUAACAGAAGGCAAUCGCGAACUCCAAAAUGA